AACGCUCUUCUCCUUCCGCACCUCCUGCCGCCGAUAACUCUUGGUCGACUAAAUGCUCCGUCUUUGCUGAAUUUUACUCAUCGAACACGCUUUCUAUCUCUGUACUAUCUCUAUAACAUAGGGCGACAAACAAGCACAACAAUGUCUGGUCUCAAGAACUCGCCAUUUGGGAAGCGUCUUCGUGCAUCUCAGCAAGAAUUUGACGAUGACGGCCAUAGGAGGAACCGUCCUCGUACUGCAAUACCAUUUCUUGGUCUUGCAUCCACAUCUUCACCCUCUCUUGUGGAUUCGUCGCGUCCCACAACAUGCGAAAGCGGCCCCGAAUCACCAGAUGUGCGGAAAGAGUACGGUGACCGUUUUGUGCCAUCCAGGGACGCGGGGGACAUGCGCACAACCUAUCAUCUCAUGGAUACAGUUGCACCAUCGACGCCGUCCAAGAGUAGGAUCAUUCCUACAGAAUCCGACGCGUUGAAAGAACAAGCGAACGCGCUUUUCACUUCUAUCCUACAUACCGAGGUCACUCCUGCACCCUCUCAGCCACCACCUUCACCUACGCGAUCGAGUGCUACGCUUGUUGCACCAACUACACCAACGCGACGCCGUCUGUUUGCGUUCAACUCGCCUUCACAUUCGAACCCCGGCACUCCUACGCGUCGAUUGGAUACUCCAACAGAUGAAGCGUAUUCUAUGAGUCCUGUGCGCGCAGAGAGUCGCGCACUUUUGGAAUCACCGAGACGAAAACUGCGAAACGUCACCAAGACCCCAUAUCGCGUUCUGGAUGCUCCAGAACUGGCAGACGAUUUCUAUCUCAACUUGGUGGAUUGGUCGAGUACGAAUGUGUUGGGUGUUGGGUUAGGAGCAUGUGUCUAUUUAUGGACGGCUCAUACAGCUGCUGUCUCGAAGCUUUGUGAUCUGUCAAGUAGCAAUGACACGGUUAGUUCAGUAGCUUGGGUACAAAAGGGAACCACUCUGGCGAUCGGCACAGUUGCAGGGCGACUACAUUUAUACGAUGCAGGCACUCUGACCAGACUGCGAAGUUACCAGCAAGCCCACACCAAUCGUAUAGGUGCGCUCUCGUGGAACGCACACAUCCUCAGUUCCGGUUCAAGAGAUCGCAUGAUUCACCAUCGAGACGUCCGAGAAUCACACAUGCGACCAUUCAAGCGGUCGAAUGGGCAUCGGCAGGAAGUCUGUGGUUUACGAUGGAAUGGCGACGGCAACUAUCAGACUGCGCUGCUAGCGAGUGGCGGGAACGAUAACAAAGUCUGUAUAUGGGACUUGAGAGGGUCUAAGAGACCGGGGGUGAGGCCGUUACCUACGGCGGGCAUGAGCUCGACAGGUAUGACCGCUACAGGAAGUUUGGUGACGGGGGACGAAGGGAACGACGUGCCACUAUGGAAGUUCCACCAACAUACUGCCGCAGUGAAGGCCUUAGCAUGGGACCCUCAUGUUUCUGGUGUUUUAGCAUCGGGUGGUGGAACGGCUGACAAGCAUAUACGUUUCUGGAAUGUCCUAAACGGAAAUAUGUUAAAUGAGCUGGAUACCGGUAGUCAGGUUUGUAACUUGACAUGGUCAUUGACCUCACAUGAGAUCGUCUCCACGCAUGGAUUUUCGUCAACAACGGCCCAGAACCAAAUAUGUAUAUGGAAAUACCCAACACUGGACAUGGUUGCAUCACUGACAGGACAUACGCAUCGUGUAUUAUACCUUGCAAUGAGUCCUGAUGGCGAGACGAUAGUUACCGGCGCAGGAGACGAAACGCUUCGAUUCUGGAACGCGUUCCCGAAGAAAGAUCAUCAUGAAGAUAAACGAGAAAGUCAACUCGACUAUGGUCGUCUCAUCCGAUGAUCCCUUUCCCAUGUUUAUCCCCCACCCCCUUCAUCUUCAUUCCACCCCCAUUUGGUUUCACGGGCGUCGUCUUUCCGGUAUCUCUGUCCAAAUACCAAUCCAUACCUAGAUUCCCCAUCCUCGCACACAAGCCCCACAAUGUUUUCACAAUGGACUCCAAUCUCCCCUAACCCAUUACCCCAUUAGCCCUCGAUCUGCAACGCUACCAUUUAUAUUCGCUGCUGCCAUUGUCUGUCAUCAAUGUUCUCCUCGCCCAUCUGCCACUACUAUUACAAGUACAGAUUCCCCUUGAACUACUACCACCGGUUACCACGAGUCCCGACUCCAUUAUCUUUAUCAUGUAUUCUGUUCCGGAUUUGUUGCUUCAUGCCAUCUUUUUACUUCACAAUAGCUUGCUAUGCUUUUUUUCUGAUCGACUUAUGUUGAUAGUGUUGUUUUGUUUGCCACCUCUGUUCGUCUUCAUUCGUUCUCUUUGUACAUAUCGUCAUUCUCUUUUUUUUCGUUCAUGUGCUACAAUAUCGAUGCAUGCGUUCUCAGCUGUCUUCUCACUAUUUGCCCCCCUCCAUCAACCCCCAAAUCUUUACAGAUUCGAAUUCCUGCCGUAUGAACGGUCUC